AUGAGCUACAGAUCAAGCUCCAGAGCAGCAGGAUCAAGCGCAAAACCAAAGGAAUCAAGUAAAAACGACACAGCAACUCCAAGCACUGCAACAGAACCACUCAAGGGGGAUACAGAACCAAGGAAGGGAGACGCCGGAUAUGCUGUUGCACUUUAUGAUUACAGAGGUGCUACUGAUGAAGAACUAGACUUUGAUGAAGGCGACACGUUUGAAAUUUUAAGCAGAGAAAGUGAAGAUUGGUGGUAUGUUAGAUUUACAGAUGAUGCAGAGGUUGAGGGCUACGUACCUUGUACAUACGUCCAGUUGACAACUGCAGAUGAAAUUCGACAAGGGGAAGAGGACGAUCAAAGUGGAGACGAAAAUGCUGAAAAAGAAGAUGAUUAUGAUGAGGAUGAAGACGAUGAGGGUGAGAGUGACGACUACGAUGAUGACGAGGAUGAAGGGCGUGACUAUGAGAAUAUGUUCUUUCCUUCACUAGCCCUGGCGGCGGAUCUCAAAGCUCAAGUCGCCCAUUAUGCCAAAUACCGAGAUCUGCUCACACCAAGUACUCCAACAGCUUCAGCUCUAGCUUCUCCACCUGUGAAAGUGGAAGGAUUGAGUGAUUUGCCUACGGGAUUUAGACCUUCGACGCUUGCUUUUGCGGCUAAACAUGGUGUGGGACGAUUAGCAUCUGCUCUGUUACCAAAAUUGGAUGAAAGUGGUCUUGGAUUCACGGACCUUGCAUUGGAUUUAAAGAAGAAUCGUAUUCGAAGACGCACAACCAAGUUGAAUGUCGCGUUUUCAAUUCUGGAAGCGAAACAUAUACCACCGCCACCAACAGGAUUACGUGUCCUUGGUCGGCAUGUGCGAGUAGCCAUCUUUGAUCGAGUAGCUGUGGUGGCCAACAUGCUAUCAGUUAAUGCGGUAGUGAAUCAAGACUGGUGGAGGUUUAGUACUAAGGCAUCACUCUUGUUCCCAAAAGAUGAUGAAAACACAUGUUUGCUGCGAGCUAACGCCGCUGAUUUCCGUCUUUGUGUCUUAUUCGAGCUGUGUCUGGUGGUUGCGAAACCAAAUUCCACUGCUACCGGUGAAGAUGUUGAAGACGUCAGCUGUGGAUGGGGAAUAUUUCCACUGUAUACCGCUGACGGUGGGCCGGUCGAAAACAAGACAUACGAAAUCAAACUGUACGGAGGAACACCUUUGGACAAGGAUGCAAAGACUUUUGAAGUGGAAGAGAAGAAGGGAUUUCUGUCAAAUCUGAUUAAUCCGAGUCGAAGCCCUAAAUUGAGCAUUCGCGUAUGGAAGCUUAGUAAAUCUGCCAUGAGACGCAUCAAUCAACUACCAGACACUCUCUUGACCUUCUUGUCGUCGGUACCACCACUUGCAAUGUUUCGCUCGCUGUUGGCUACAUGUCUACUCGUGCCACAUGAAUCCAGAGGCCUCAAUUUAGCACCGUCGUGUGACCCAGCUCUUGCUCUCGUUCCCUUCCUCAUGGAACAAAAUGAUCUAGCCAGGCUGCUUGAAAUCGUAUGGGAGAAACGAUUCCAUGCCAUGAAGCGACGUGAAAAGCGCUCUGCACAUACACUACACCAACGUUUCUUGGACGCCUGUCUGGCAGUUUGGCCAUUGGCUCAUAUUGUGGGAAUGCCAGAGUAUAUUCCUGGUGACUUUGAGAGAUCUCAAGAUGACAAGCGGAAUCCGUGGAGGUGGUUUGAGACAGCCCUCUGGAUUAUUGCUGGUGUUGGCUUGACUAUCGGCCUCAAGAUCGUUCCGAUUCUCUACGCAGAAGCCUUGCACAACCACAGUAUAAUCGUGUGGAUAUGGAUAUCAGCGACGCUCGGCUUCUUUGGAAUAUUCGCAUGGCUGCAGUAUAUAAGGCCUCGAGUGCUUGGAAUUCCGUUUGAUCCUAAUCAGUGGGAGAAGACGGCUCCUCGACACAUACAGGUUGCUACUGCGUGUGGUGCGGUAUCGAUCGUGUCGCUGAUAGUGGUGUACUGGAAGUUCUUUAAUGUCCUGUCGUUUAUUAUUGUUGCGUGUCAGGUUAUGGCGUUCAUGGCUACGACUUCAUUGUUUUGA